AUGAUUUCAACAAUCGGCACAACAACAAUUCAAGCCGCGAACGGCGGGACUCUGUCCACAACAACAGCACCAAACUCGUUAGUCAUGAAUCCUACGUCAAUGUUAGUAGAGAUGAAAAACUUCAUUCCUUCUUCAUAUACUUUCGAAACAAAAAUCCAGAAGAUAAAGCAAGAACUUUUAACAAGUAAUUUAGACUGUAGUGCGAAAGAUGAAGAAAAUGAAGAAUAUCUUUAUGAAAUGCAGGACAUUAUUGACCAUUUACCCAAAUUGCCUGAAAUCCAACAACAAAAACUCACUAUUCCUGAAUUCGACGAAAUUGAAGUGAAACCAACUGACUCAGUAGAAAUAAAGAAGUUCAUACGUAAAGUAAAUUAUGAAUUCCUUGGUUUUCAUUGCAACCAUAAGGUUAUGGACAAAGAUUGCGACAUGGUAUAUAAAAACAUUUCUGACAUAUAUAAAUCUGAGGAGUUUAAGACUUACGAUAACUUUGUUUCAUUAGUUGCAAAAUGUGUUUGGGAAAUAAGAGAUAAAGAUAGAAGAGGCAAAGUAUGGAACGAACAAAUAAGACCCGCUAUGUUUGAGAUGAAGAGAGCAAUUGACGCCUUAGUUGUUUUAGCUG